AUGGAUCCACUUUCAGAUAGAGAUGCAUACCAAGAACUAGGAAAACGCUUGAACCAACAACACUCUGAGCAACUUGCCACUCAGUUACAAGUUUUCCGAUCGGCAUUGGUAAACUUUGUCAAUGAUCAUGGAAAUGAAAUCAAGAGCAAUGCUGAGUUUCGUUCUAAAUUCAAUCAGAUUUCACAGCUGAUAGGCAUGGAUCCGUUGGAUCUACUCAUAUACGCCAAUUCCAAGAAUAUUACCAGCAAAGGUGGCAACAAUAAACGUGACACAAACAACUUUACCACUGGACUAGCGGUUAAAAUUGUUGAAAUAUGCCAAGAGACUCGGGACUUGAAUGGAGGAUUGAUACCAAUACGAGAGCUACAAUCAAUCUUGACUGAUAACACAUCAGAUUUGAAAAUUGAAGUUUCUGCAAAAUCCAUAGAACAAGCUAUAACCAUACUAAAUUCAAUGGGUAAGAAUUAUGAAUUGCUUGUCAUAAACAAUGAAUCGUGGCUAAAGUUUUCGUCAAUUGAAAAUUUAUCAAGUGACCAACUAAAGAUUUACGAGUUGUGCAGCUUCACCGGUGGGUAUGCAACCAUGGGACUCAUUAGAGAUAAUUAUGGCUGGGAUAAAAUAAGAACCCAUAGUGUCAUUGAUGAAAUGAUCAUGAACGGGAUAUUAUGGGUUGAUGAACAGGGUGAAGAUGAAUGGCAGUACUGGGAGCCCUCUUGGAUAUCUCAUUAA